AUCCACUCUCUGGUCGAUGCGCGGGAUGAGAAGGAAAGAUGGGAAUCAAGCGCAAAGCAAAAGAGUCGCACCCUCCAUUCGAGGGGGAAGCUCGCAAGAAGCCCAAGGCAAAGGCGAACGCCGACUCCAAGUUCCUCUUCGCUCCUCGACCCGAUUGGCACGCCGCCAUCCUGCCGACACCUGAGCCUCGCGAUGUCAAGGCGCUCCCUCCGCAACGUACAAUCGAUGAGCUCCGCCAGUACGCGACCUCGCUCCUCGAAGCAGAGAAUGCUGCCUACAGCGCCAACAAUGCCUCCGCCUCCUCCUCGCAAAAGUUCCUCUCCACCAUCAUGUCGAACGGUACCCUCGAAGACAGAGUCUCCGCCCUUACCUUGCUCGUCCAGGAGUCGCCACUUCACACCACGAAGGCCUUUGAGAAUUUGUUGAAUCUGUCCAAGAAGAAGAGUCGGAAUCAAGCGUUGAUGGCGUUGGCCGCUUUGAAGGAUUUGCUCGGUCAGGGUGUCGUUCUGCCUGGCGAUCGGAAGCUGCGGGCAUUUGGCAAGCAGCCAAUCCUUCUUCAGAUAUUCCAGGGCAAGACUGCAAAUUGGAGGCAGGGCGAGCCUCUUCCCCCAGGCCUGGAGAAACUCCAUCUCAUCGUAUGGGCGUAUGAGGAUUGGCUAAAGCGGACGUACUUCGAAGUCUUGCAAGUAUUGGAGAACUGGCUUGGGGACGAAGUGGAAUACUCCCGCAGCCGCGCGGUGACAUAUGUCUGGGAGUUGCUUCGCGAUAAACCAGAGCAAGAGGAGAACCUGCUGCGACUUCUGGUCAACAAGCUGGGCGACACCGACCGCAAGAUCGCGUCAAGAGCAUCGCAUCUUCUGUUGCAGCUGCAAUUGACGCAUCCGGCUAUGAAAUUGAUCAUCGCCAACAGCAUCGAAGCGGACUGUCUCUAUCGGCCGGGACAAAGCAUACAUGCGAAAUACUAUGCCAUCAUCACCCUCAACCAGACCAUCCUCGGCCAAAAAGAGCAGGAGGUCGCCAGCAAACUACUCGAGAUUUAUUUCAGCUUAUUCGUCCAAUUGUUAAAAUCAAACGGCACCGAGAACGAGCCCGCCAAACCCAAGGCACCGGCGAGAGUGCAAGGCGGAGGUGGAAAGGCUGGCAAGCUAGCAGCAAAGAAACGCAAGGCUCAAGAGAAAAGCGACGAGUCCGGCGCACAACUUCGCGAGAAGAUGAUCGCACAAGUCUUGACUGGCGUCAAUCGAGCCUUUCCAUUCGCCGAUAUGAACGAUGCGAAGUUCGAGGAACAGCUCGACACCAUCUUCCGCGUCACGCACUCUGCCAACUUCAACACCGCCGUGCAGGCGCUCAUGCUCAUCCAGCAGAUCUCCUCUACGAAACACUACGGCGCCGAACGCUUCUACAAAACGCUCUACGAAUCCCUGCUGGACCCGAGGCUGUAUUCUUCGAGCAAGCAGAUCAUGUAUCUCAACUUGCUCUACAAGAGUCUGAAGACUGAUCUGAACGCCAAGCGUGUGCAAGCGUUCGUCAAGAGACUGUUGCAGAUCAUUACAGUCCAUGACCCGCCAUUUGUCUGCGGAGUGCUGUACCUCGUCAGCGAGCUGGAGAAGGUCUUUCCGAGCGUUCGCACGAUGAUGAGCGAGGCGGAAGUGGACGAUGAUGACGAAGAGGAACACUUUGCCGAUGUGAUCGAGGAUGACGAAGGGAACCAAACGAUGCCAACCACUCAACCGCGCGCCAUUGACCAACACCGAUACGAUCCGCGCAAACGAGACCCCGAACACGCUCGCGCCGAUCGCAGCUGUCUGUGGGAGAUCCUUCCACUGCUCCAACACUUCCAUCCCUCCGUCUCGCUGUUCGCCGCGACCCUGCUGGCAAACAAGACGAUGCCACCCAAGCCUGACCCCACCCAACACACCCUCAACCACUUCCUGGACCGCUUCGUCUAUCGUUCCGCAAAGUCGAAGCCCUCGGUUGCCAUGCAUGGAUCAUCGAUCAUGCAGCCCUUGGCAGGCAGCAGUGCCGCGGAUCUUCUCCUCAAGCCUGGCAAGGAAAGCGGCGCGAAAGCAGAUGUCAACAGCGAAGCGUUCUGGCAGAAGAAGAUCGAGGACGUUGCGGCCGAUGAGGUGUUCUUCCAUGCUUACUUUAGUCAGGCCGGGGGCAAGAAGAAGCGCAAGACUGCCGAGAAGACGGCGGCGAAGGGCAGAGACGAAGAUGACAGCGAGGGUAGUGAGGACGAUGGCGAGGACGAGAUCUGGAAGGCCAUCACCGCUUCCAAACCUGAUGUUGAGGGCGACGACGAGGAUGAUGAUCUCAGUUUGGGCGAUCUUGAGAGCGCUUACUCGGACAGUGAGGAUGGUUCAGAGGCCGGGAUCGAUCUGGGCGGGGAGGAGGGAGAUGGAAUUGAAGAUGGAGGGCUGCUGCUCGACGACGAACAGGGCUCUGAUGCGGACGAUCUCGAUGCCGCACCUGAUCUCGAAAGCGACGAUGAUGGAGUCUUUGACGAUGAUGACGAGGUGCCCGAGGACUUUGACUUGCCUGUGGAGAAGGAGGAGCCGGAGGAGAAGGAGCUGUCGAAGAGUCAGAAGAAGCGCAAGGAGAGGAAGAAGUUCAAGCAGUUGCCCACUUUUGCUUCGGCGGAGGACUAUGCGAAGUUGCUUGGGGCGGAUGAGGAGGAGGAAGAUUAUUAGUCUAUUCAGUGCAGAUACUGCAUGGCCAAAUUAACAGGCGUCUGCUCUGUCGUCGUGGAAUAUGUCUUAAUCAUCUCGAGCCCGUGCCGGGUGACGCCAUUGGCUACUUGACAGGCGCGAGCUCGAAACCUCCAAG